GGAGCAGGCGGAGCCGCUUCCCCCGCCCCGCUCCGCCCGCUCGGCCGUGCCGGAGCUGCGGCGGCUGCGCACGGCGGGGCCGCCAUGAGCGACGAGAAGCUGCGCAGGGUCCGCGACCGCGUCCGGCCCUUCCCGGACUUCCCGGAGCCCGGCGUGCUGUUCCGCGAUAUCAGCCCCUUGCUGAAGGAUCCUGUGGCCUUCAGGACUUUGAUUGAUCUUCUGGAGGAUCAUUUGAGGUCAUCUUUCCCCAAAAUCGACUUCAUUGCGGGCCUGGACUCCCGUGGGUUCCUCAUCGGGCCCCCUCUGGCACAGAGGUUGGGCAUCGGCUUCGUGCCUGUACGGAAAAAGGGGAAACUGCCCGGUCCCACCGAGUCCGUCUGCUACACCCUGGAAUAUGGCAAGGCCGAGCUGGAAAUGCAGAAGGACGCUGUGGAGCCGGGGCAGAAGGUGGUCAUUGUGGAUGACCUGCUGGCAACUGGAGGUACCAUGGCUGCAGCCUGUGAGCUGCUGAAGAGGCUGAAGGCUGAAAUCCUGGAGUGCCUGGUGGUCAUAGAGCUGAAAGGCCUGAAAGGGUCGGGAAAGCUCAAUUCCAUCCCGUUCUACUCACUGCUGCAGUAUGACUGAGGAGGAGCAGGGAGCGCUGGGAGCAAAUCUGGGGCUUUAUUCAGUGAAUAAAGGGUGGGAGGGGGGUGAAACACACCGUUUUGAGCAUGGCCAGGUGCUCUUCGGGAUCUUUAGGAUCUUCGGUCCUAAAUCCUACAUUUGCCAAGACUGUGUUGAGUGUAGUGAUCCCUUUUGGAGUUCAUCCUUUUGGGAAGGAGGAAUAGCCUGAUUGUUCAAGAGGAUGGAGACCAAGAUGCAGCUUCACUCAAUCGGAAGUUUUUAGGAGACCAAAGUGACAAAAUUGCUGCUGAGGCAGGAGAGCUCUGACAGGGUGCCAGCAUUCCCUGAGCUGGGCCUGUCAGCCUCCAAGGAACCUGCUUAAAAAUUCCCAAAGAAACACAGGAAAUGGGCAAAAAGCAAUUCUUUAAGGGAUGAAUCAUGCUGUAUUUGACCUCGGGGGAUGGUGUGGUUGCUGUGUGCUGUCCCUUAGCAGAGGAAGCUGCUCUCACAUCGGGGUUGUACUUGCUGAGGAGGAUGAAGUGUGUGCUGUGUCCUUACAUCAGGAUGGUGCUGGUGUGGGUGGGCUCAGCCACUGUUUUCCUUUCCUGGAGACCACAGGCACCUUCAGUUCAGCAGAAAUUCCCCAUCUCCUGCCCCACACCCCACAGCUGUGCUGCUGCUUUCCCUCUGCCAUGGUGGUUGGGGCCAUCUGAAAGGCUGCUGCCAGUUCAGAGCCUGCUCUUGGUGGGAGUUUGGUGUCAGGUGAGGCCACAGGAAAGGUGCUCCAGGAGUCUCAGGUGUGGGAUGGGUGAUGGGUUUGGAGUUGUUCCUCCAGCACGGUUCAGUUUGGUCACAGCUGAAUCCCUGUGUGCCAAAACUUCACGAGCCUAAGAACAUCAGGGACUGUGUCCCUGGCCCAGCAGGGUCUGGACUCACGGGUAAAAUAAAUACUCAUUGAUUUUUAUGUUU